AUGGAAAAAAAAAGUGUUAGUAUGCAAAAUAAAGUAAAAAAAAAAUGUAUAGAUAAGAGCAAGAGUAAGGAUACUAAUACAAUAAAAAGUAAUGGGGGUAGUAAUAACAAAAAUGGAACAUAUAAUAACAAUGAUAAGAAAAUAAAUAAUAAAAAUUUAAAACCUUCAGAUGCUAAUGUAGAUAUAAAAAAUUAUAGUGAUAAUAAUGAAAAUGAUUCAUUUUGUUAUGAAUGUUAUCAUGGAGGGAAUUUAGUUUGUUGUGAUAAUUGUAUUAGAUCUUAUCAUUUAUAUUGCCUCAGUUCGUCAGAUAAGCCACAACCCAAUUUUAAUUAUUGGUAUUGCCCAUUAUGUAAAAGAAGAGGUGUAACGGUGGACGCUUCAUUGAAAAGAAGAAAAAAAAUUAAAACAAUAAGUACUGUUGAUAAAAAGAAAGAAAAGGUCAAACAAAAAAGUGAAGGCAGCAAAUACACCAACCAAAUUAAUGUAGGAGAAAAUUAUCAAGUUUCAAACGUGUCUACUUUUUUUUUAAAUAGCCAUUCGGAAAAAUAUGAUGAAACUAGCAAAUCAGAAUUGGUCUAUUCCCCUUAUUUAUUAGAAAGAAUGAAAGAAAGUUAUUUAAGUGAAGGACAAUACGAAUUAGUUAUUAAAAAUGAUUACGAGCUUGCAAUAUUUAUAAAGGAGCUAGCCAAAAAUUGGAAAUGUCAAUUAGGUUGGCAUCCAUUUACUCCUGAAUAUGCAUUUAAAAUAUUACAUCACGUUGAUUAUAACCCUAAGAAAGCUAUAGAAUUAUUAAAAAGUUCGGAAUUUAAUUUUCUAGAAAUAUGCGAUCCACCCAUACGCAAAUAUGAGAACAAAUGGAGACCCAGAGAUAAAAGAGGACAAAUAUCAGAUUCUCCAUAUCCUUCUUCUGAAUUGCUCCAAAGCUAUUUAAAACGAUCUGUUGAAUGUUCCUUAGAUGAAAAGAAAUAUCACUAUCCUGUUAAUACAAACAAUAAAUUUUAUUGUGAAAUAAAUAAAAAUAAUAUUAUAGAAACUAAUUAUCCUAAUGAGAGAACUAGAAACUCUUCAAGAAAAGAAGUUGAAGAAGAGGAAGAUGAAGAAGAUGAUUUUGAAGAUGACGAUUUAGAAGAAGAGGAAGAAGAUGAUAAAGAUGAUGAAGAAUAUUAUGAAGAAUAUGAUAAGUGA